ACAGCGAAGCGUGAUCGCCGACUAUACAAACUGGUGCACAGGUCCCCAACUGGCGAUGUCGCAGAUGAUGGUGAACCAUAUGGUGAUACUGUCCGUCUACAUCCUGACCUUCCUGAUUGGCCUUCCCGCGAACGUCCUCUCACUCUGUGCCUUCAGCGUCAAGGUCCAGAGCAAUGCCACGCCCACCGACGUCCUGCUGCUCAACCUGACGGUGUCUGACCUCCUCUUCCUGCUCAUCCUGCCGCUGAAGAUGCACGAGGCUGCGUCCGGCAUGCGCUGGGACCUGCCCUACUUCCUGUGCAGCGUCACCUCCUUCGUCUUCUUCUCCACCAUCUACACCAGCUCCCUCCUGCUGAUGGCCGUCAGCGUGGACCGCUUUUUGAGCGUGGCCUUCCCCGUCCGCUACAAGCUGCUGCGCAAGCCCGUCUACGCCAUGGUGGGCGCCGUCAUCGCCUUUGUGUUCGGCUCCGCCAGUUGCAGCAUCGUCUUCUUGACGCAGCACCUGCUGCCGGGAAAUGGCACCGUCAACGCCUCCGUCUGCUAUGAGAACUUCACGCCGAGGCAGCUGGCGGUCCUCCUCCCCGUGCGGCUUUAUUUGUUCUCCGUCCUCUUCCUCGUCCCGCUCCUGGUCUGCGCCUUCUGCUACCUGAGCUGCAUCCGUCUCCUGUACGCCCGCCCACGGAUCUGCAGCAGGAAGCGGCAGAAGGCCGUGGGCAUGGCACUGGGCACGCUGCUGGUGUUCGUCGUCUGUUUCCUGCCCUACAACCUCUCCCACCUGCUGGGCUACCUGCACGGGCAGAGCCCCCCCUGGAGGUACUACACCCUUCUCCUCAGCACCGCAAACACCUGCCUGGACCCCAUCAUCUUCUACUUCUCCUCCUCCACCUUCCAGGCCACGGUUAAGCACUCCCUCUACAGGCUGCUGGGGUGCCGACGCCAAAUUGACUUUGUCAACGAAGGAUCCAGUCAGAGCAGAGAUGGCUGUGCUGCAAACCACCUUAGAGAUGGCUGAGAUAUGAUUUUUAUGUAUGACAAACCAGGAGGCCAACUUCGUACACUCAUGCAGUUGAACAGAAAAGUGUGACGCUCAUUCAUAAGAAAAUAAAAAUUAACUUUUUUGUGAAUAGAGCAAUAAUACUUUCACAAAAUAGUACAUGGUAGUUUCUUGUGUGUGAGGGUCAACCUAUGUCUAUCAUGUGUGUGGCAAAACUAUGAAGCUAAUGCUUGAGUACAAACCUUCCCAAAUAGCUAUUCAGUUUUCAUAAUGCUGGAAGUUCUGUUCAGCUGAACAUACUGCUCUUAAAACUGAAAGUUCUGUUCUUAACACAGAACGUUCUGUUCUUAACAUGGAAAGUUUCGUUCUUAACAUUGAAAGUUCUUAGAACAAUCUUUCUCAUGUCUAUUCAAUGUUCUGGAAGUCCUUCUCUUAAUACUGUAAGUUCUGUUCUUAACACUGAAAGAACUGUUAACCUUUCAUGCUGAAAGGUACCUAUUUGUGCAUCUUUUGAAAAUUCAUUAAGGAGGCUGAUUAAGAGAAAAAGCAUGAGAAGAAAAGAAGAAAGAAAGAAAGAAAGAAAGAAAGAAAGAAAGAGAAAGAAAUUGUCAUUUGUUAUUUCAACCAUGAAUCCCCAGUGUGUUUCAAAACAAAGCCUUCAUCAUGGAGGUAUUCUGCUUAUCUCCUUGAAGUUUUUGCUUAGAAGUUUAGAUACAAACUGUAAGCCUAUAAGUGAUAAGUUAUGAGCCUCAUUCAAUGGACAUUGUUAACUAUUGUUACCAACUGAGGACAGAAGGAAAGUACUGCAGGCUCUGACCAUUGGGUUAGUCUAUUGGUUGUUCUGCUAAGAGUCUUUUCAUCUUGUUUUCAGAACCAAGAAGCUAACAGCCAUUGGCAGAAAUCUAAAUUGAUAUUUGUGAGGCCUUGUGUCAUCUUUUUUUGAAAAGAAAAAAAAAAAAACGAGUCUUCGUAUGAAACUUAUGUUAGUGUAUUAUAUUGUCGUUUUUGUUCAUGUAUGGUAAUGUAUUUGUUGCAGAUUGCUAUCACAUCCAUUUAACGCUGAUCCCUAGUGACAAACAAUGCAAAAAACUUUCUGAAAAUGCAAAUAUAAACUAAAAUCAAAAUGCUGGAGGUGCAAGUAGUUUUUUAGAGGACAGACAGAUAUAAAUUAUACAAAAGCAAUGCUGAUAUCUCAUAUCAUUGGAAAGCCAGGUUCCACUUUUCACUUUAUUGAAAAUUCUGCCAAGUAUGAAUACAUUUUCUACCCUCGGCAUGUAUGUAAAUUAACAUUGAAAUAUUUUGUCCAGUGUUUGUUUGUUCUUUAAACGUGAAGUCAGAUAUCCAUGCAAAUGUUUGUUCCCCGGAAAACGUUGGCAUGUCCAACCUCCCCUCGCUCUCCCCAUUGCACACUGCCAAUAAAGCAAAUUGUCUGAAUU